UGUUGUGAAGGCUAUGAUCGAAAGCUAAGUUAGCAAGCUAACGUCACGGUACGUUCAUGUAAAUAAAACGACCAGACUGUGUUAUCGUUGAACUAAAUGCACGAAAAUCGGUAGGGGUUACUACCUGACAGAUAACCGCUCUAUUAGGUAACAGUAGACACGGUUGGGUUUGCGCACUAGCGUUAUCCAAAGGUUUGGGCUAACAGUCUGGUAAACGGUCGUAUCCUAAGAACAACCAGCAAACAAACAUCCUGUAAACAGCUGUUUUUUUUUCACUUAGUAGUGUUUAGUAGCGUUAGUUACAAGUUGAUAUUAGCCUGAAGACGUUUCGGUCACCGACGGCGAACUUGUGUCUGUGGUUGUUUUAAAGUUUGUUCAUUUAACGUGCGGAGAUAAUGCACCACGUCAAGAUCAAGACCGAAAGGCCAGAUCUAGAGGGGGUCGGUGCUCGCAGCAGACUGGAUGCUGUUUUAAAGGGACUGGUAGAGAAGAGUGAGAAUGAAAAGGAACAAAGUGAGAGUGAUACUGGAAAAAUAUCAGUGGACUCUUUAAACAAGGAUUUGUCUCCAUCAUCUGCUGGGAAAAGGCCGUCGGCACGAUUCCCACAGCACCGGCGGAAGAAAAGAAAAGAAAUGGAUGAAGGCAUACCAGAGAGCAAUCAGCAUAAACAAAAUGCUUACAUUAUCAAGUUGUUUGAUCGCAGUGUCGAUCUGGCUCAGUUUAAUAACAGCACCCCUCUGUAUCCUAUCUGUCGUGCCUGGAUGAGAAACAACCCUUCUGUUCGUGAGCCAGCUCCCUCCCCAAGCCCUCCACACAGCAUUGUAGAGGACGAGGUCACAGACAUGAUAAAUGGUAAAGGUCAGAAUGUGUACAGACUCCCUCCUCCAACCUCAUGUCCAGUGAACACCUCUGGUGAACCUAUCAAUCUAAGGAUCCCACAGACUGAAAAACCCACUGUUACCAAGUCAACAGAUUCAGUUCCUAUACCAGGUUCCCUCAUAUGUGACCACAUGGAACGUUGGAAAAAGAUAAGGCAAAAAUGGAAGGAGUGCUCCAACAAGAACCAGUUAAGAUACAGCGAAAGCAUCAAGGUCCUUAAGGAGAUGAAGGACCUCUAUGAUCGCUAGCUGAAUACUUUUCAGCUUUUCAAAACAGAUGGACUCUACAGUUGGAAAGGAGCCAUGCUGGAGCAGUCACUGUUUAAACACACCUGCCAUCUGCACAGCAAGACUUAUAGGGAAGCGUUAAUAGAACCUUGAGCCUUAAAUAGACCGUAUAUCCUAUGCAUUGCAGAAAAAAUUGUUUAAGUGUUUUUAGGAAUUUUGAGAGCAGAAAAGUGUUCCAGUGUGACGUGGAAAUGUUUUUAUUCACAUGCAUUCUGUGUAGAUGAAAAAUGAAUAAAUGAAC